AUGCCCGCUCAAAUAAUAAUAAUCAACUACACCCCUGAGGGCCGCCUCUCCCUCCUGGACGCGAGCACAAAGCAACCCCUCUACCACGUAAAAGUUAGCCGACAGGCGCCGCAAAUGGAAAUGAUCCGUCUGACGGGUCCCAGCGAGGGGGCCCCUAACCACUCCUUCCCUGAAGACACAAACGCCUACUUUGAGUCCCGAGUCUGCACAGCUCAAUUUAAGCUGACAAGCCUUGACGUGAAAUUGGGUAUCCGUAAGCAACUCGAUGUAGAGUUGAAGAGGAAGAAGAUCCUCUCUACGAGUUACUCGUUUAUUUCACCGUCGCUUUCUGUCGGGUCUCCGGUGACUUUGAUUUGGGAGACUGACUCAGAGAAUAAUGCGGUCGGCAAUUUCAAGUUAUCCGUUGAGGGUGAGGGGAAGGUGAUUGUUCGCUUUCGUAACGAGGCCUUUUCAAACGAGCGCGUUGGGACUUUUGAGGUGGAGAGUGAUGGGCUCGAUCAGCUGGUCAAGGAUGAGGCUGUUAUCUCUGGCCUGGCAAUGCUGGCUAUGAAUCAGAGUUUCCAUCUUGCUAGCAUGGUCAUGUUCAAAGGAUCCUGA